AUUCAUAUACACUUCCCGUGUACGUGUCCUACCUAAGGUAAAGCUGCCCAAGCUUGAACUUCAAAGCCGGUUACAUAAUCUCAUAUGACAGCAUCUCAACCAAAACGCAAGAUAGAAUGGAGGAUCUUCGCGAUGCUAAGGAGACCGUGUCGGAAUUCGCUGCGCUAAUCGACAACCUCCGGCCCGGCGCUGACACCUCUCAUCGUCGACUAGAGCGACCCGACGUCCUCGUCGCCAUGCGCCAGAACUCUACAGGUUCGCAGAAGAGCGCAAAGAGUACUAUCAGCUCUCGCUGGAGAACCAAGACCUUAAAGAAAGAUUGGGAUGAGACUACUGAGGGUAUCUUGUGGAACGAGCUAGAACGAUCGCAGAACGAGGUGGCGCAUCGGUACAAGCUUGACCAGACCGCGCUGAAAGAGUUCAUCAGCUCCCCGAACAUGAUGGAUCUCGGAUGCGAGUUCGCGCGACACUACUACGGCGAUCCUGUGAAAGAAAAGGCUUAUUGGGCUGCCGAGGACCUCUUCUUCGACCUGCAGGCCGUUAAGCAAGGCGAUGUUCCCUCCGCACGGCGGGCCAAGGCCAAGGUAUACAAGAAGGACUGGGAUCUGGCGGACCAUCUCGUGCGCUUCGUGCUCCUCGCCGAACAGUACCGUCUGUGCUCGGGCCAGGAGAAGUGGAUUGCCUGGCAAUGGGACUUCGGUGGCAAGAUCGCUUUCUACCUUAGUGUCCUGCGCUGCUACACGGUUCGAGAAGCGAAGCAGCGAGAGCUGGCUAAUAAGGCUGCUAGUUCGUCGUCGACGCCGUCGCCGCUUCCGGCUCAGAAUGGCAAGGGCUGGAAAGUCGAGCGGGCACCUAGAGUUCAUCAUUUCGAGAACAAACCUUGACGCACAAGGACCAUCGUUCAGAGAAAAAAAGGGACGGCGGGGAUUAUCUUUGUCAGCGGUUAUGAGAAGCUAGAUACAGCGUCUGCGUUCUCCUAUUUUGGCCGCUUGAUAGGCUUGAAGGUGCGAAAUACACGACGAGGGCCUCGUAAGGAUAGGCUAUGUUAUUUGAUUAUAGCUACAUAUACCCAUCAAGAGAAGAGUGUUAGACAGAUAGCUACGACAUGCUUCCUAUAGUGCUAGUUGUAGCACUGAAGGGAACAUGCCUGAGAUGAAUACCGUCCAGUGUUGUCGCAGAUUACUACUUAUCGCCGGUGAGUAGCUUCGGAGGCUAACUACCUAAGAAUCAUUGAUUGUGCACCCUAGGCUGCGGCAACUGAUAGCUCCAUGAUCACCUCAAGUCAGGCGCUCAGUGCGCACGUAAGGGAAACUAACUGAAGCUGUAUGCUGUGUCUUUCUUAGUAUGUAGAGAGUCGUGGAUUGAGCGAGCAGCCGAAGACUUGAAGUAAACUGAUCAUACCAUCGUGGGCAGUAUCUUUCAGUGGAGG